AUGGGCUCCAAUCGCUGGCCUACGAAAGGCACUUCUCGCCCAGAACGAAGACGCCAGCACCGGAACGGUUGGAUGUCCCUAUUCAGCUUCACGACCGCAAACCACGUCCUGACGCUAGCGUUGGCGACUUUUCUCGCUCUUCUGGCCGGUAUCGUCAUGCCUCUCUUUGCAAUAGUUCUGGGGAAUCUUUUCAACACAUUCAUGGUGUUUGGUGCAGGCAGUAUCUCCAGCCAGACGCUGCUUGAUCAGGUCGUCUCUGGCUGCGUGCAACUGGCAGGUCUUGGUAUUGCUAAUUGGGUUCUGAAUGGAAGUUAUUUUCUUUUCUUCAUUAUUUUCGGAGAACAGCAGGCUACCAGUGCUCGUGGCAAGAUUUUCCAGGGACUGCUGGAGAGGGAGAUUGAGUGGUUCGAAGGGCGGGAGAAUGGUACCGCGGCUUUCUUGUCUUGUCUCCAAGCACAGAUACACGAUCUACAAAUGGCGACAUCCCAACCGCUAGGCCUUGUUCUGCAGUAUGCCUUCCGAACCAUCUCAUCGCUGGUACUGGCGCUCUACACAUCCUGGAACCUCUCCUUGGUUACCCUAAUUGGAAUCCCCGUAUUUUCAGCUAUGGUCGCCUUCCUCUCAACCAAAAUGAAACCCAGCAUUGAAGCCCAGCAGAGCGAGCUUACAACCGCCUCAAAGAUCGGAAACAGUGCCAUCAUCUCCAUCGAUACCGUCAAAUGUCUGAACGCACAAUCAGUCGAACUCCGCAACUUUUCCUUCCGAAUCGACAAAUCCGCAAUGCACUACCUGAGACACGCGCGCAUCAACUCUCUGCAAAUAGCAACUAUACGGCUGAUGAUGUUUGGUAUGUUCGUGCAGGGAUUCUGGUACGGGAGCUUCCUGGCAAGUUCUGGUAAAUUGUCAGCAGGUGAGGUUCUGCGGACGUUCUGGGCCUGUUUGAUAGCUGCGCAGUCGAUUGAGCUCGGGCUUCCGCAGGCUAUUGUGUUGGAGAAGGGUAAAGUCGCUGCUGCGGCGUUGAUGGGAACAUUGAAUUAUCAGAUAGAUGCGCCUUCGGAUGAGACGGAGGGUGCUCUGUAUCCACACUAUUGCGAAGGCGAUAUCGAGGUGAACAAUGCAUCCUUUGCAUACGCAUCACAACCCGAAAGACCAGUCUUAAACUCAGCUAGUUUCUUCUUCCCAGCAGGCGAGACAACAUUCGUGAUUGGAAAAAGCGGCUCUGGAAAAAGCACCCUUGGACAACUACUCAUGCGAUUCUACCUCCCGACAUCCGGUGAAAUUCACAUUGAUGGUAAUCCGAUUGAGUCGCUCAGCAUUAACUGGAUACGGAACAACAUAACCCUCCUCGAACAGAAGAGCGUGCUUUUUAAUGAGUCAAUUCUUACCAAUAUUGGGUUUGGAUGUCGAGAAGGCGAACCCGUUGGUGAAGAUGAUGUGCAAGACUGCGUUGAUAUGGCGAUGCUUCAAAGUACUAUCGACAACAUGCCACGCGGCAUUGAUACCUGUGUUGGUAGUGGUGGGAGCUUUUUGAGUGGAGGGCAGCGGCAACGAGUAGCUAUUGCAAGAGCACGGCUGAGGGACACACCGAUUCUCAUCCUGGAUGAACCAACUAGCGCUCUGGACAGUGCCAAUCGGAUGGCCGUGAUGAAGGCGAUUCGGAAAUGGCGGAAGGGGAAAACCACAAUUGUUAUCACGCACGAUAUGGCCCAGAUCCAAGACGACAACUUUGUCUAUGUUAUGGAGCAUGGCUCUGUCGUGCAGUCGGGGUACAGAAGCGCAUUGGAAAAGGGCACAGAAAGCGACCCCUUCGCUGCAAAGGCGUUGCACGGGACGAUGCGUGAUUCUACCAAUCACAACCUUACGGAUGAUACCUCGGAUAAUAAUACCUUAAUAGCGGAGAGUCUACGCGAGACGAGCGAGAACAUACCUGACCUUCCUCUAAAGUCACCCACCGCACCCUAUGGGCGACAUCGGAAAUCGGUUUUUCAGGAGCUGCUACUAAGCCCCACCCGAAACGGUGGUUUUGGGGAUGAGGAUAUUCUCGAUCAACCUGGAAUCCCGAUGCGUCGGCUUAAUAGGGCUCGCAUCAACAAGCAGAAAUCGGUGCUCAUGGACCUCCAAGACCGUCAUCUCUCAGUCGCUCCUUUCCAGCCUAUAGACCCGAAUCGUCGAAAGUCUAUCAACCCUUACGGAAGUCAAACGAAGCCGGAACGCCUUUCGAAACAGCAGCAUGAAACAUCGAUCUAUGGAAUAAUGAAAACGAUAGUCCCGAACCUGACCAGCUGGCAGCGCCUACUCCUCUUGAUAGGCUUUGUCUGCGCCCUCUGCCAUGCAAGCGCAACACCACUCUUCUCAUACUGCAUGUCUGAGCUCUUCGGAACUUUUUACGACGAACACGCCAGCGCAACAAGAUGGUCCCUCGCCAUCCUCGGAGUCGCCAUCGGCGACGCAACCGUCUCCUUCUUCAUGCACUACCUCCUCGAACUCUGCGGCGAAGCCUGGGUCGACUCUCUCCGCAAGAAAGCCCUCCGCUGCGUCCUCGACCAACCCAAGCAAUGGUUUGAAGACGAAGCCAACGCGCCUUUCAAACUCGUUGCGUGUCUGGAUCAGAACGGCGAGGACAUGCGGAACUUGGUUGGCCGGUUUGCUGGCUUUGUGCUUGUGGCUGCUACGAUUACUGUGCUGGCUGUUAUUUGGAGUCUGGUUUCUUGUUGGAAGUUGACGCUUGUGACGCUUGCGUGUGGACCGGUCAUUUAUGCUAUUACGAGGGGGUUUGAGAGGACGAGUGGGUAUUGGGAGAAGAGGUGUAUUGAGGCUGGGAGGAGUGCGGGGGAGGUUUUUGUUGAGGCUUUUUCGGAGGUGAAGACGGUAAGGUCUUUGACACUUGAGUCCUUUUUUCAUAAGAAGCAUAUCAAGGCUGCGGGGAAGUGUAUGUCGAUGGGGUUCAAGAGGGCCGGGUAUACUGGGGUGUUGUUUGGGCUUGCUGAGUCGACCAUCAUAUUUGUCAGUGCUCUGAUUUUCUACUAUGGGGCCAUUUUGGUGUCGUUGGCAGAGUUUACUGUCAAGGAUAUAAUGACGACGUUUUCGAUGCUGCUGUUUAGUAUUGGAUAUGCGGGAACUGUGUUAUCAUGGAUUCCCCAAAUAGGCACUUCGCGCGACAUGGCAGCGCAACUAUUGCGUCUCGCAAACCUCCCGGAAGGUGUAUCGCAUGAACACAAGGCCAGCAUGGGCAUCUCUCGAGCCGCUCCUGUGACAAUCACCGGUCUGAAUUUCCGCUAUCCAUCGCGCGACGAUACUUUCGUGUUACGAGAUAUCUCAUUCACAAUCCCUAAAGACUCAUGUACCGCCAUAGUCGGAAGAUCCGGGUCGGGCAAAUCGACAAUCGCGUCCUUGCUACUGUCUCUCUACGAAUCACCACCGUCCACCAGCAACCUCCCAGCAAUCUCCCUAGGAGGCGUCGACAUCCGGCACCUGCACAUCCCAAUCCUCCGCUCUCUAGUCUCAAUUGUCUCCCAGCAACCCACCAUCUUUCCCGGCACGAUCCAAGAAAACAUCAGCUACGGCCUCGACAUCAACUCCCCCCUCCGCAGCAUGCGCAACAUCCACGCUGCAGCGCAAGCCGCCGGUAUCGAUGACUUCAUCACCUCCCUACCCUCCGGCUACCUCACUGAAAUCGGCGACGGCGGCGUUGGGCUUUCAGGUGGCCAAGCACAGCGUCUGGUUAUCGCGCGAGCUCUCGUACGACGACCACAGAUCCUCAUCCUCGACGAGGCGACUUCGGCCCUGGAUCCGACCAGCGCGGAAGUAAUCCGGCAGACGGUUAGGAAGCUGGUUAAGGCGAAGCUAGGGUUGACGGUGGUUAUCAUUACGCAUGCGCGGGAGAUGAUGGAGAUUGCGGACCAGGUGGUGGUGCUGGAGCAGGGGUGUUUGGUUGAGCAGGGGGAGUAUGGGGAGCUUGUUAGACGGGAUGGGGGUAAAUUGAGGGCGUUGGUGGAGGACUGUAUGUAA